CUCCACAUUCCGCGCGCAGUUUCCUCAUCCUUCAGCGGCAGCAACUACCGACAGACGCGUCUCCAGUGCGUGUCAAUAAACCCCGGGGAGCAUGAAGUGAAGUCUCCUAAGGAGAGCGGUGUUUGGUAUUGGGGCGGGUGCUGUCUCGGGACAGAUAGAAGGGACCCGCGUGUGGACAAGGAAGAGCAAUGUUGAAGAGUCCGUGCCUCGUCAUUCGCGAGUCCCGGCGGACAGAGUCGCCGGUCUCUCCCACCUCGCCUGGCGCGGUGACCCGAGGAGGAGGUGGUGGGACCCCCUCAAAACGGGACCCUGAGCUCUUCCGCCGCAGGGGUCUCAACCUUCAGCUGCUGCAACUGCAGCAGCUGCAGCAGCUGCAGCAAACCUCGGUUCGGACCGGAGCCCGGGGGUGCGGGACCCCCUCGCGUCUCCACAGGAGCUCCCCACGCAACGCGGCGGCUACGCGGGACCAGCUGAGGGGCUCGGCGCGCGGAGGCGACGGUGGUGGCGGUGGCGUCUGUGCUAAUGAAGAUUGGGAUGGUGGUGAUGAUGGUGAUGGCGGCGGUGAUGGUGGUGAUGGAGAUGCGCCCGUGCGCCUCACCCUCGCUCGCCUCGUGCGCCGCGUGGAGCGCGUGGUCCGCGAGGUGAGCGCCGUGCGCUGCGCCGUGGCCACCAUGGAGCGCGUGGCAGGGGACCGCCAAUUAGGGCCCCGGGCAGGACCCCGGACGGCACCCGAAGCGGGGCUACUCCGGCGGGACACCGAGGUGACACGGAGGAUACGAGAAGCGCACGAGAGGGCGCAAGAGGCGCUACUCGAGCUCUCUGAGACCCAGGCGCGCGUGUCCGAGGGACGGCAGCUGCUGGAGUCGCGACUCGGCGAGAAGGAGCGGCUGAGCGAGCAGCUGAGGCUCGCGCACGACUCCCUGCACGACGUGAACGCGCAGGGGGGGCAGGGUGCGUGGCUGAUCGUCAUCUCCAUCUUCACGCUGCUUGUCUCCAUGCUCCUCGCCUCCAUGUGGCCACGCAUCGUUCGCGGCGGCGGCGUCUACUGAGGACACUCGGCGACGAUGGCUACGAUGGUGAUGAUGGUGAUGAUGACGACGAUGAUGGUGAUGAUGGUGAUGAUGACGACGAUGAUGGUGAUGGUGAUGAUGA